AUGUGUUUUCUUUGUUAUGCUACAACAACAAGGCAACAACAAGUACAACAUAAUAUUAAUCAAGAAACUACAAAGGGUGUUAAAGAAAAAGGACUUUCUUUAACACAAUUGGAUAAAUUGCCUAAAGUUAGUGGACAAGAAUUGGUUAUGGGAAAUGAUUGUGCUGUCUGUUUGGAUGAAAUUGAAAAAGAACAAGUGGCAAGAAUUGUACCAGGUUGUAAUCAUGGUUUUCAUAUUGAAUGUGCUGAUACUUGGUUGGCCAAACAUCCUGUUUGUCCUGUUUGUAGAAGUAAACUUGAGACAGAGUUGUUUGAUACUACCAAUGAAAACAAUCCUUGCUAA